AUGGUUGCUGCCAGUGAGUACAUCAGGGUAGAUGCUAGGAACAGGCAGUGGGUGUGGAAGGCCUCCCAGGUGCUGCCUGCAGAGGACGUGCGUGAAGAUGGGGAACCCAUGCAAAUUGCACAGAGCAUCUCCGUGUUGACCACGCUUGGGAGUAAAAGGAGCCCAGAUAUUGCCACAGAAAACUCUGCUGAAGAGGAGAUCUCUGUUUGCCCAGAGACCCAGCCGAGUCCAUUGGAAGAUACUGAGGUGGAGAGAGGAGAGCUCUGCUCGGGCAGCAGAGAUACACCUGUGCAGGCUGGUGGUGAUGAAGAUGCUGGCAGGACUAUGUCUGAGAACAGCCCUACAGCUGCUGACCAUGUGUCCUGCCCACUGUGUGACCAAGGCUUUCCAGCUAAGGAGAUCGAGCUGCACGCCAUGUACUGCAACGGCAUCGUGGGAGAGGAGGCUGGCGAGGACAGUCCAGUGCUCACUCGGCGUCAGAGAGAGGCAAGAAGUAAAGCUGCCAGUGGUGAACGCAGCCCAACAUCCUUAGACAUUGACAAGUGUGAGAAGUGCUACCUCUGUAAGUCACUGGUGCCACUGCUGCAGUAUCAGAGGCACGUGGACAGCUGCCUUCAGGCUGCUAGGCAAGCUCAGGGAACGAGGAGGCUGCGAAGCGCCAAGGACGCUAGAAGGCAGGAGAGGGGACUCCUCAGGAUGCUGGAACUCUCGGAGAGCAAGUCUGCAGGUGCUGAUGCGGGGACCCCCCUCCCUGGAAUAGCAGACCAACAGUCCCCCCCUGCACUCUCGGCCAGAGCCGGGGGGCCGGUGGUGGACAGCCCCAACUCCCUUCGUCACCUUCCUUCCAACGUCUCCCCUGCGAAACCUGGCGUCUCCUUUUUGGAAGCCACGGACAGUGUGGUGGACUUGGAGCCGCACGUGGCUCUUCGCUUGGGCAGCCAGCAGCAGACCAAAGGCUGCCGCCGGAGAAAACGCAAGUUCUGAGGCCAGCGGUGCAGCAGGACCCCCCCUGGCAGCUCCCCACGCCCCAGCGAGGGUCUGCAUGGCACCAUACCCCUGCUUCACCUGCAGCCUUGUUCUCCAACCCCCCCCCCUUUUUCUAUGUUUUAUACGACCUGUGCAGGGAACGCCGGGUGGAGAAGUGACUGUGUGUUUUAUAGGUGCCUGUGCAGCUUUGCUCUCUGUUAAAGAAAUGGAAAUAUAUUUAUGUAUGUUUUUAUGAAACUGCA